AAAAAAAAUAGACUUCUCCUCCUGCACUCUCCUUCUCCUUCUCUGGCCCAAGAAGAUCGAGUGCAACUAAACAACGCGUUUUCGGCACUCGAGACACAACAAUGAAAGCCUUCGGUUGCCCCUUGCUACCCGCUGCUCUGCUCGCUGCUGCUCCCGCAGUGAGUGAGCCGGUGUGGUACUGCCCUCCUGGGAGCGGGGGGACGUGCUACAGCAUCGCCAUCCCCGUCUCGUCGGCGAGGGCCGGGUCCGGCAACAUCUACUUCCGGAUCAAGGCCCCGACUUCGCUCCAAUGGGUGGCGUUGGGCACCGGUGAGGGCAUGGUAGGUGCCAACAUCUUUCUGAUGUACCAGGACGGUAAGGGGAACGUGACCCUGUCUCCGCGUCUGGGCGUCGGGCACAGCGAGCCCAUGCUCGACACGAGCAGCACCGCCGCCCGGUUGACUCUCCUCGCCGGCAGCGGAGUUAGCGAGGACGGCUCGACCAUGACAGCCAAUGUCGCGUGCUCCAACUGUGAGUCCUGGGACGGGGGUGAAAUGUCUCUCCAGAGCAGUAGCUCGGGUUGGAUCGGCGCCUGGAGACAGGGCCCGUCGCUGGCAACGACGGACCGAGCCACCACCAUUGAUCAGCACGACAAUGUUGCCCAGUUCCGAGUCGACCUGACCAAGGCGACCGUCAGCGCCGACAGCAACCCUUUCCUCUCGACCGGUACCGACGAAGGCGGCGAUGGGUCCGAGCCUGGUGCGGGUCCGGACUCCGGUCCCGGUAGUGACCCCGGCUCUAGCGGCGGCUUUACCCAGAUCUCGGGGUCUUCAAAGCCCGCCGUUCUCGUGGCCCACGGCAUAAUCAUGGCGCUCGUUAUGGGCCUGUUCUACCCUCUCGGUUCGACCAUCAUGCCGCUCAUUGGGAAGUGGUGGGUGCACGCUGCGUGGCAAGCCGUCGCCUUCUGUCUCAUGUGGGCGGGCUUCGGACUGGGCGUCGUGGCGGGCCGCAGGAUUCUUGGAGACCCGUGGAACGAGACGCAUACCGUCUUCGGCGCCGUCGUCAUCUGCCUGUUGGGCAUUCAGCCCGUGUUUGGCAUCCUGCACCACCUGCAUUACCUGAAGGUCCAACGCCGCGGCCUGAUCAGCUAUGUGCACAUCUGGUGGGGCCGCAUUCUGAUGGUGUUGGGUGUGAUCAAUGGCGGGCUCGGCCUGAAGUUGGCGGGAGAGGAGGACGGUCCCGUCGUCGCGUACAGCGUCAUCUCCGGUGUCGUCUUCCUGGGUUACCUGGGCUACAAGCUAUGCCGAUUCUUCCGCCAUGGGACGUCCGAGACCCAUAAAAUGGCAGGCGAGGCGCCUGCUGCGGCCUGAGCCGUGCCGUGGCAUCCGUUUGCUACAGAGAGCGCUUUUGUUUGCCCUGCUUUCUUUCUUGUCUUUUUUUUCUUCUUUUCUCCUUCUUUUGCUUCCUUGCUCUUCUUAUUCUUCUUUAUUCUUCUUCUUCUUGGACCUAUGGGAAGAGUUAUAGGAAGCGAGAGGGAACGAUGUAGAUGCCUUUAAUCAUAAAAGCAAUUCGGGUUUGGGAUCUGUAUCAUCGAUCAUCCUCAGCUCCCCAAUUGGUCAAUGCGUAGUGGAGGAACGUAGCUCCUGGGCAAAGAGCUGGGCAGCGGCGUGCUGCUUCAUAUGCUCAUUGAUUGUACCGUGUUAACCCGGGCAGCCUUGAGUUACACCUACCAGUGACUCACGCCUAGCGAAAAUAAGAAAGAACGAUUAUCA